GCGGCUUUUUUUCCGUUGGCUUGGCCCUGUCGCAAAAUGCUUCUUUGGGCCGUAAUGCGGUGGUUUUUCUCCCUCAGCUUGGGGCUGCUAGUCUGACUGAAUGUUGCUCUGAUGUGUGAUUCGGCUUUCUUUAGGUUGGCUUCGGGCUGCUAGUCACCGGACUAUUGCUUUGGUUUGUACACCGGCUUUUCUCCCUUAGCGUGGGGCUGCUAAUUUCGGAGGCUGUUGCUUUGUAAAAUGAUGGAAGCGGAUCGGCCUGGAAAACUGUUCAUAGGAGGCCUCAGUGCUAAAACAACUGAGAAGUCUCUUGAAGCUGAAUUUGGGAAAUACGGUCGCAUUGUGGAAGUUCUCUUGAUAAAGGAUUGGAACACAAACAAGUCGAGAGGCUUUGCUUUUAUUACUUUCCAGAGCCCUGCAGAUGGAAAGGAUGCUGCCAAAGAAAUGAAUGGAAAGUUUUUGGAUGGAAAAGCAAUCAAAGUAGAACAAGCCAAUAAACCAUCUUUUGAAAGUGGUGGUAGACAGAGACAGCGACCUUCUGCAAGAAACAGGGGCCAUCCAAGAAAUCAGAGAUGUCAAAGAGGACGAAUUGGUGGAGCAAGAGGGCGUGUGUCACAUGGAGGACACUUUGGUGAUAAUGGAUAUAGUCUCAACAUGAGCUCUUCAAGAGGACCCUAUCCAGUUAAAAGAAGACUAUCUUCAAGAUGUGAAAGUCCUUCUCCUAAAAGAUCUGCUCCUUCUGCUCAAGGGCAAAGCAGUAGUGGAAUGAGAGGACAAGGUCCAGUAUUGCGGAGAGAAAAUUACAGAGGAGGUCCUCAUGGAGAGCCGGUGUCUUCUCGGAGAGAUAACUAUGUGUCACCAAGAGAUGAUGGUUAUGCUACUAAAGAAAGUUACUCAGGCGGAGAUUAUCCAAGUUCACGAGACACCAAGGAUUAUGCUCCACCAUCUAGAGACUAUGCAUACCGUGAUUAUGGCCAUUCAAGUUCUCGGGAUGAUCAUUCCUCUAGAGGACAUAGUGAUCGUGAUGGCUAUGGUGGAAGCCGUGAUAGAGAUUAUUCUGAACAUCAAAGUGGAGGCUCUUACAAGGAUUCAUAUAAGAGUUAUGGGGGCUCCCAUGAUGCUCCAUCAGGAGGAGGUCCACCUCUGAGUUAUGGCAGAAGCAGUCGCUAUGAUGAUUAUAGCACUACAAGACAUAGAUAUGGAGGAGGUUGGAAAAGUCACUCAAGCAGCCAAAGUGAUGCAUACUUAAGUGGCCAUGACCAUGGUGGAAGACACGAACGAGGAUUUCCAUCCUCCAAGGAUAGGGUGUACCUUGCUCCUCGUGAGUCAUACAGUAGCUCAGAUUGUGAGGCUUCCAGUGGAGGUCACGGGGGAAGCCGAUCUGAAAGAGUAGGCCAAAACAGAUACUAAAAAUAAUACUCACUUACCAUGUUUUCUUGGCAUGGGAAAAUUUUUUGUGAGUUUCUGUUUUAAUUGAUACUUGAGUAUUGCUGAAGAAAACACAUUGGUUUUGGAGGGAAGAGCUGCAAACUUUCCCCUCCAUGAAUUUUCAUAUAAAUUGAAAAAUAGAAUUCAGAUAAGUUGAAAAAUGGUUAUUCAAAGUAAUUUCAUAGUUGUUACUGCUAAUUGAAAAGUAGAAGUUAAAAUUUUUAAAUUUAGUGUCUAAAUUUUCAGAGUAUGUUUUGUGAAAUGCUGUUGUUUAUUUUACUGGUGAGUUAAACAAGAAUAAAAACACUUGUUUGGAAGGUGAA